UUAAAAGAAUAAUUCGUUCUCUUAACAAAAUAAUCGUAGGAAUUAAUUAAUUAGGUAUUAAAGUCAUUUUUGGGUGUCAUAAAACUUACGGCAAUUAUAAGGAAACGAUGACGCUCUCUGCUUCACGAACGACGGAGGAUCAGGAUUUGCUUGAACGUAGUACCAAAAAGACCAAACGCGAUGAUGGUGUAUCGUCCGAGAAGGCUAUGGACAUGGCGGAGGUCGUCCCGGAGACACCAGCUGAGGCAAUGCAUGCGUACAACGACAACGCGGUAGCGCCAUGUAGCCCGAGGCGUCCAAUAUCCUAUCGGGAUACGGUCGUGGGCCAGGCCUCGGUACGAUCGAUCUCGCUGGAAGGGGAUGAAGAGGGGAAUGACGUCUAUUCCGAUGGCGAAGGGGCGGAUGGGGAUGACGAUCCGCUAUGUCCUACGAUCAGAUUGACAAAUAAGGAGAAGGAAGCGAUCCGUAAACCUUGGCGCCAGGCACUGAUCGUAAAAGUCUAGGGUAAGCAGGUGGGGUAUUCCUAUUUGCUAUGCCGACUCAACGCUCUGUGGAGGCCUAAAGGUAGCAUGGAUCUUGUUGCGAUUGACAAUGGCUACUUCUUGGUUCGCUUUGGGUCGAAGGAGGAUCUGGAGUACGCGAAGUACGAAGGGCCUUGGAUGGUCCUCGAUCAUUACCUGAUCGUUAAGGAAUGGGCUCCAGAUUUCGAUCCUACGACGGACAAGACUGAGAAGGUGCUGGUAUGGGUUCGUUUUCCUUGUCUUCCUAUUGAGUACUAUGAUGGGUUUUUUUUUUUUUUUUUUUUUUUUUUUUUUUUUUUUUUUUGCAGAAAAUAGGGAGGAAGAUCGGUCGCCCAAUCAGGGUCGAUCAUGCGACGAGCUUGGCGUCCCAAGGCCACUUUGCGCGCAUGUGCGUGGAGAUUAAUCUUACAAAGCCCCUCAUCUCCAAGUUCAAAAGACACGGGAGGACCAGAUUCAUCGCCUAUGAGGGGAUUCAUCUAGCUUGUUUCCUUUGCGGAAUGUACGGGCACAACCACGAAGCCUGCCCGAGGAAAGCCGUGACUACCGCAGCUAGGGAUUCCUCACAGACUGGUGAGAAGGAAGAUGACGGGCUCACCGGAGCAAACCAGUUGGUGGUGCAGAAGCAGCAGGCUACUGUGGUAGAUCACAGUGCAACUUUUGGAUCGUGGAUGUUGGUCACAAGAACUGAUAAUCGCCAGCGGAGGAAGUCGGAGGUGGGUGGCAAGGCACGUACGGGAAGAGAUGAGUCACACCAAGGCAGAUCACGCUUCCAGCCUCUGGCGGAUGUUCAAGAGGACCACGUCCAAGGGGAGGUGACCGGGCAGAAAUUAGCACCAACAGAGGUGGCGCCAGAGCGCAACCACACGUCCCCUGCAGCGGCACAAGCCUUAGAGAAACCCCGAAGUCAACGCCGGGCAAAUGUCAUAGUAAGCGAGAGGCAAAUAGAGAACCAGACAGGCAAGGCGAAGGCCUCGGCGGCAGAGAAAGGCGAGGCUACCAGUGGAAGACAGAGGAAGAGUGGGGCAUCGCGCAAUGUUGCUGAGGAGGAGGAUCACGUGGUGGAGGUUGUAGCUAGCUAAGGAAGAGGGGGAAUCCAAGCAAGAAGAAGAAUUCUACAAAGGUUUUAACGAGACAUGGACGCGCAUCAUUAUGGAGUGUGUGCAAACGGCUUCUAUGUCCAUUGUGUGGAAUGGCAUGCGAUUACCACAGUUCCGCCCGGGGAGGGGCAUACGUCAAGGUGAUGCCAUGUCACCGGCUCUGUUCGUCUUGUGCAUGGAACGCCUAAGCCAGAGUAUUUCGACUGAAGUGGACGAAGGCAGGUGGAAAGGGGUGCGACUUUCGCGUGACAGGCUUACUCUUUCUCAUCUUUGCUUUGCCGACGACAUGGUCCUUUUUCCGAGGCGAGCCUGGAACAAGUAAACGUUAUCAAACACUGUAUGGAACGGUUCUGUGCAGUUUCUGGCAAAAAAAUCAGUUUAAACAAAUCACAAGUGUUUUUCUCGAAGAACACGCCACCGGGUAUUGCAGAGGCCAUCUCAGCUGAGCUAAACAUCCCGACCACGACGGAUUUGGGCAGAUAUUUAGGAGUCCCUUCAGUGCAUGGUCGAGUGACUCAUGCUACUUUUGCAGGACUUCUAGACCGGUUAUCGACCAGACUAGAAGGAUGGCGAAGCAAGCUCUUCACGUUGGCGGGCAGAGUCACUUUGGCAAAGUCUGUCUUGAGUGCUAUCCCGAAUUAUACCAUGCAAACCGCGAGCUUGCCCAAAGGUAUUUGUCAAAAGUUGGAGGCGAUUACACGCUGUUUUAUCUGGGGCGGGGACAGCGAAGCAAGGAAAGUUAACCUGGUCAAGUGGGAGAUAGUGACAAGGCCGAAAGCAGAGGGCGGUUUGGGAUUGCGCAGAUUGCAGGACGUGAAUACCGCGUUCAUGGCAAAGUUGGGAUGGCGUUUGGCACAGAAGGGGGCAGCUUGUGGUCUGAAGUUUUAACCACCAAGUAUAGAGCGCGGGAUGGUAGAUGGAUUGCGACUACAUCUCAGAGUGUGUCCAACGCUCGGAGAGGGAUUUGCAGCGCGUAUGACAUCCUUGAAAAGGGCCUGACAAAAGUUGUUCGCAAUGACAGGAGCACUAAGUUUUGGAUGGAUAACUGGGUGCACGGGCACAUUCUGUAGGACCACAUGAAGAGGUCGGUGCCCUUGCCGGAGUUGUACGGCCGUGUCGCCGACUAUUGGGAAGGCGGACGCGGGUGGAAAUGGGAGCUUUUAGAGGGCGUCC